AUGUCGCACCCUGCCUCUCCCUCAUACCUACGCCGUGGAGACGACGACUUCUCGCCAGACCGCCUGCCUCGAUCUCCUCCGCCCGGCAGGACCGCCCCUGUUCACGACGUUCACGACAGCCCAACCGUCCCCGGACGACCAGCCCGCUUCGACAACAAUCUCCUGCCGUCUGGGCCGCCCUCGCCGUCCCUUCCGCCAGUCCCCAGCAACCGUCCUCCCAGUUCCUGGUGUGACCACACAUUGAGCUGUGGGGAUUUGACUUCGCACAACACCACCUCCAUCGACAUUGUGUACCGCCUUGGUCAGCUGGUGCUAAUUCAUGGUCAUUUCGCCUGCCGGGUCAGCAGUAGUCGUCAGCACUGGAAAAGCGCACCGAGUCCGCUUCACACGAGACCUGUCCUGUCUCCUCCCCCGAGCGCCAGCCCGAGAAGCGCGCAGUUCUCGCCAGGAGGCCGCGACCUGCACGUCAAAACUCGCUUCGCCUCCGCGCCACUUCCGUCGCCGCGCGCACUGCCGACAACAGCUCCAGCAAAUGGAAACGCGGUCAGCUUAGGCGAAACCUCCUUCUUCGAAGACACACCCUCGCCUCCGAUUUCGCCCACGUCUGAACACUCCGAACCCGGCACAUCCUCGCAUGAUACCCCACGCCCACCGAGCCCAACAAUAAGCACGCAGCCUGUCGGGUGUGCUUCUGCUGGGCCCUCUUCCACGAUGGCGGGCAAUUCGACCAAGUCAGAGGCGCCCAAGGGCGCGCCGCGGAAUUCAUCGAUAGAUUCAGCACUUUCUGCCAUGUCUGGCAGGAAUGGGUCCCAACAGGGCGGCCCCGAUGCCACAGCUGGAGGGACUGAGAUUGCCACUCUCAUUUCUGCAGCUGGAAGCCCAGAGGCCGUCAUCCAGUACCUGCUCAAGGAGAAGCAAGCAAACUCGCAGCAAAACGCCCAGCUAUGGCGCCUGGUCGACAAACAGCGCGCCAUGAUUCUCGGCUUGAACAAGGACCUCGAAAGGGCAUUAAAGGACAAGGAAAAGUAUAGGAAAAAGCUCAAGGAGGUCAUCGUGGCGUCCGAGAACCAACCCACAAAGUCGGAAAACCCCCAGCUUCGCCCAAUCGUCAUCCCCCGCAUUGAUAUUAACGCGACCCGAGAGCUUGUGGAAUCACCAAAGUCCGUGCACUCCCUGGACGAGCCCGACAGUGCGAAAGAAUCCCCGGUCGACAUGGCUCUAGCACCAUAUCCGAUCACACCUCCCGCAGACAAGGUCGCCAACAACGGACCUCCCUCGGCUGUUGGAGAGCUUCUGGAUCCCCGGUCGGCUAUGCCAAAGGCGUCAGAGCACGCACUAGAUAACUACGACCACGAGGCAGAGGAUCCUGCUGCAGCGGCUUCCAAGAAGACGGCGAACACGAGCAGAGAGAUUCCCUAUAAUGCCACAUUGCCACCAUCCAGAAGUCUGCCGAGCGCACCACCAACAAUGCCACCUCCAAAGCCCCCAGGUCAGCUGCCCUCGCUGUCUAUCACCGAAGGGACCCCGAUUCUUGGUGCAGGAAGUCCGACAUUUCCCCCACCGCCUGGGGCUCCCCCGCCCAGGAAACCGCCACCUGCGCCAUUACAGCUGAAGAAGGAGAAGCAUUCUCCGACCUUGCCACCAGAAGUUGACAAUGACUCGGAAUCAGAUUAUGACUCUCUGUUGGAGGUUGACGAGCUCCCGAUUCCUGAGAAGCGUGGCCGACGACGGACGAGGGAAGAGGAUGAUCGCAUGCGUGAGGUUCUAGCCAUAGAGGAGGCGAAAGCGAGAAGCCAAUCGGGCAAGAACAAGUCUGGCACACCAACGACGGCUGAGUCAGAAGUGAGCCCCAAGACUAUGCCUAUCGGCCCUCGGAUAGCGGGAUUGCAGCCAGCGACUGCUCGUGAGAACGCUUCCGCGUCCCUUGCCGGCGUGCUGAAUGGCGAUGACGAUGUGCGCCAGACGACCUUGACGGCUCCAAUGAUGAAUCCAGGUCUUCCCGCCAGCCCGCGUCCCAUGGGUCUGAAGUCACCCGUAACUUCGCCGCCGCUGUCACCUCGUGGCAUUCCUCCGGCUCCUCUCUCGCCGCGUCCGCCACGACAGAACAUCCCCUUGCCGCCAAACACGCCGCUGUCUGCGGCUUCGUCGACGGACGUUCAGCGAGGAACGCCGAUCAAGCCAGACGCGCCAAUGCAGAGGAUUGUCGAGGCCCCUCAGCUUAGUCCACCCACGAGCCGCCCGAGCCCCACCGCGCGGACGAAGAUAUACAACGGAUUCAAGACAGACGAGUAUCCCGACCUCUUGCUACCCCCUAAUGCUCUCCCGUCGAUUGAGGUGAAGGUGGCCUCAUCUCGCAUGAAGCCCCCAAGAGCAAGCAUGAUCUCAUUGACACAAUUGGAAGAAGACCCAGUUUUUACACUUGCCAUCUAUUCCCGUGCCGAGGGUGGUGAGCUGUGGCGAGUCGAGAAGGACACGACAUCGCUCGGACGGCUGGACUCUCGCAUGAAGCAGUGCCCAGCUUUCACUGCCAAGACGCCGGACAGGUCGCUUUUCACUGGCCACGCCCCCGCCAAGCUCGAUGCUCGACGACAAGUACUGGAAUUGUAUCUGGACGAGCUAUUGGAAACACCCCUGGACAGCGCGACCGCGCUUGAGCUCUGCAAGUACCUUUCUACAAACGCGCUGCCUCCGAACACGGACGACAUGGGCACCAUGAUUGGUGCUGCGGCUGAGGAGUCUGGCAAGCAGCAGAAAGGUCCUGGUGGUCGCCCGUUCAAGACAGGAUACCUCACGAAGCGUGGCAAGAAUUUUGGCGGCUGGAAGGCACGGUUCUUUGUGCUCGAAGGACCCCAGCUUCGCUAUUUUGAGACCCCUGGAGGUGCCCAUCUUGGCACGAUUAAGCUGCAAAAAGCCCAGAUUGGCAAGCAAUCACAGCAUAACAACGAAGCUGGCGGCGCCAACGGCGAGGAUUCUGAUAACCAGUACCGCCACGCCUUUCUGGUCCUGGAGCCAAAGAAGAAAGAUUCUUCCAGUCACGUAAAGCAUGUGCUCUGUGCUGAGAGCGAUGUGGAGCGUGACGAGUGGGUUGAGACCUUGCUGCACUGGAUCGACUAUGUGGAGCCCGGCAAGGAUGACACAUCCUCGGUUCAGUCGUCCGAGGCGCCUCCGCGGCGUGGAUCCGGAGGCUCAGCUCCGAAGAGUAGUGGGCAGACCGUCAAGAAAAAGCCCAACUCUGGCAAGGGCCAUGCCCCUCAUGCUGGCAGCCAGGAUGGCCUCAUCGGCAUGAGCUAUGAUUCCGCCAAGGCAGGGAACGCACCCGAAGGAGCGCCACCCAGGUCCAGAGGAGCAGCCACGCCGGACAUUAUGCAAGCACCGCUGUCGGCGACGUUCAACAUCUCGGGCCCACGUGACCCCCAGCCUAUCGCUGAUACCACGAUGUGGAGCGGCAAGGCAGGAUUGGCAAUUCCAGGCCCGACCUACGAGGAAAAGAAGCAGCGGAAGCGGAGUUUCUUCGGCUUUGGCCCUAAGACGAGGUCUUCCACCGAUGACCAGGACUCAUUGUAUGGCUCAAGCGCACCCAGCGUGAACCAGGCCGAGCCGAGGGGCCCGGUUCGCCAAGUGUUUGGUGCCCAGCUUGCAGAUGCGGUUCGAUACAGUGGCCCGGUCGACGUGAAUGUACCUCUGCCUUGCGUCGUGUACCGCUGCAUCCAGUACCUGGACGCCAAGAAUGCCAUUCUGGAGGAAGGCAUCUUCCGGCUCAGUGGUUCGAAUGUGGUCAUCAAGCAGCUCCGCGAGCGCUUCAACACCGAGGGGGACAUAAACCUCGUGACGGACGAGACCUACUACGACAUCCACGCCGUGGCAUCUCUCCUGAAGCUCUAUCUUCGAGAACUCCCCACCACGAUACUCACCCGAGAUCUGCACAUGCAGUUCAUCGCCGUCUCUGAGAUGCCUGAUCACAAGGAGAAGAUUGCUGCCUUGGCCGAGCUGUCGCUGAGACUGCCGCAAGCCAACGCCACCUUGCUCAAAUAUCUGAUUGCGUUUCUCAUCAAGGUCAUCAACCAUGCGGAUCACAACAAGAUGACAGUUCGCAAUGUGGGCAUUGUUUUCUCGCCAACGCUUAAUAUCCCGGCGCCCAUCUUUGCCCUGUUUCUGGGUAACUACGAAGCCGUGUUCGGCAUCGAGCCUGAGGCCUACGAGCUUCCGUCUCCCGAGGCAUCAGAUGCCGGUUCAAGGAGCACGUUCGAGGCCCCUCCACGCCGGCCUUCGACAGGAAAUGGUCCGAUCGCUGAGUCCCCCCACAGGCAGAGACUGCUGGAGCAAAUCCAGCAGCACCGGUCCAGUCCAACUCCACCGCCCAUGGUCAACGGCUCUCUGAGACCCUCUGCUACGCCCCCGCCACGGAUGAGCAGCUAUGAGCCGUUCUACCCUGGUCUUGUCGGCGCGAAGGAGCAGGGUUACGGCAGAUCCAGUCACGACUACCAAGGAGGCGUGCACAACAACACGCUGUACGAGUCGGAGCACGACGACGAGCUAGACCAAGGCUUUACUGGCCGGGCCAAGCGACGCGAGAGUGCAAUGUUUCUGCCUGGACCGGGUCUCUCGGCCCAAGGCUCUAAGAGCAGGCUUCGCGAGGAGACUCGCAUGUGAUUGAUGACAUUACCUGGGAUACUGGGAGAAACGCGACGGAAAUAUAGCGAGGAGGAGGUCUGGGUCUUUUUUUUGAUUAUCGAGCGUGUCUUGCAUAUGUCGUCUGUACCGUACCAUACCCAACAUGUUUAUGAAAGUACAUUCUUUUCCGCCGAAAGCGACUGUAA